AUGAAAAUAUCGUGCGCCUAUACGACUAUAGCGUAUGCCUCUUAUUUAAUUUCUUCCUUAGAUUUCCAAAGGUGGCGUCUAUUUGGAAAAAGAACUCUACCGGAAGAGACGAUCAAACAUUUCUUAAUACAAAUUGGUGCAGCGAUGGAUGCUAUGAACAGAAAGGGAAUAAUGCAUCGAGAUUUAAAGCCCGGAAAUAUAUUACUCACGCAUUAUGGCGAUACAAAUAAGAAUAUAUUAGAAAUACCUGGUCAUCUUAUUUCAUUUAAGCUUGCUGAUUUUGGAUUCGCAAGAUUUCUGCAGGACGGUAUGAUGGCAGUUACUAUGUGUGGUUCACCUAUGUACAUGGCACCUGAGGUCCUAAUGAAUCAUAAAUACGACGCCUUGGCAGAUAUAUGGAGUAUGGGGAUUAUCGUGUACCAAUGUCUUACCGGAAAAGCCCCCUUUUAUGCGAACACUCCCGAGGCCUUGAAGAAUAUUUAUGAAAAGACGCCACUGUUAAGACCUAAGAUUCCAGCCACCACAACUUCAUUACUAAAAGAUCUUCUUCUAAAAAUGUUGGUCAGAGCACCUCCCGAGCGCAUAGACUUUCAUGGAUUCUUGACUCAUCCUUUUCUUCAACGUGGAAAAUUCGAUCCCUAUUGUAAGUCUAUAUUGAUGAUUAGUGCACUGCCCUCCUAUCACUUUAUAUAUAUAUCUAUUUAUAUGUAUUAG